AUGGCCGCAACCGAGGUUAGCGCCACCCGAUUGUACCUGGGCAACCUGCCAAAGGGCGUCACCAAGGCCGACAUUGAGGCCCACUUUGCAACCCACGGUACUGGCGAAAUCACCGAGAUCAAGCUGAUGAACGGAUUCGGCUUUAUCGAAUACAAGGAUGCGCUGGAUGCGCGCGACGUCGUUCCUGCCUUCCAUGGAUCCGACCUGAUGGGCGAACGCCUGACCGUGCAAUUCGCACGAGGCUCUCGACACCGCGAAGGCUUCGCUGGCGCCCCUCCCGGCGGCCACGAGCGCACUGCUCCACGGCCCCGUCGCACCCCGUAUCGCAUGCAGAUAACUGGACUCCCGGGUGAUACGAGCUGGCAGGACCUGAAAGACUUCGCUCGCCAGGCCGGGCUCGAUGUUGUCUACUCGGAAACCGGCCGCGACGGCAAUGGUCGAGGCUUCGUCGAAUAUGAGACAGCCGCAGACUUGAAAAUUGCGGUUGAGAAGCUUGACACUCGCGAAUUCAAGGGCCAACGGGUCACCUGCAUUGCUGAUACCCAACCGGACUUUCCACCCCGUGACCGUGGACGCUCACGUUCCCCUAGAGGAGGACGUCGGCCCUAUGGUGGUCCUCCGGGUGACGCCUACGAACGACGCGGCCCCCCUCGUGGUUACAGCCCGCGCGGAUAUCGCGAGGACUACCGCGACAGAAGCCCCCGCCGUGAUUACUACGAUGAACACCGAUACCGAUCGCCGCCCCGCCGCGGACCUCCUGAAGACUACCCUCCGCCCCGUGGACGAUACGAGGAGCCUUACCGACGUGACUAUGGCCCUCCUCCCGACCCGUAUGCCGCCGGCCGCCCGUACGAUCGACCGCCCAGAGAUUUUCCUCCCCGUGAAGGUGGAUAUGGACCUCGCGAGGGCGGCGGCUACCCUCGUGACGACUACCGCCGGGCCGGGUACUAG